UGCAAUGCUUCGGGAGAGAGCAGAUACAUAUUGAAUACAUUAUAGCAGAGCAGCUUCUUCAACAGUGCUGUAAGGUUGCUCUGCAAUGUAGGCUGAUGUAUUUUCUUCUAAACGCCUUAACAAAUGCCAGCACUGCAUCGGCACCUUGAAAUGCAUCUUCAUUUGUUUUCUCUCCAUACUCGUUCGUAUGUACCAAUGUAGGCAGAAACGGGGGCUCUAGACAAACCCGUGGAGACACCUUUACGUGGAGUAAUCUGAAAAUUCAUUGGAUUGCGGGUCUCGCAACGAUUCGUGUGUGUUUUGCAGACUCGUUCCCGCAUUGUUUUGCAGUGCGCGAGGAAGUGAGGGAACGGAUUUGGCGACACGGACCGAUAAACUGCCGACAAUGAAUGUGGAAUUAUCUCCAGCUGCAACAUGGCUGCUGCUUAGAUGUUUACUGGAAAAGUUGAGCCCCGAACAUUAAAUUGUUACUUUUCUUUGUACUAAUCUCUUGCUAAAAAGAAGAAGAAAAAAAUAACUUUUCUGACAUAAUUCAACUCUGGUUUGGACUGGACAGGAUUGGACUCUACAGAGAAUCAGCGUGAGUGUAGCUCGCCGUCAUUCGCUUUUGAUUCCUGCAUGACAGCAAACCAUCACAGAAGACUUUCCCUGCAUAUUCUCGCUUACCAACAUCACCAACUCCGUGAAAGACGUGUAAUCACAGGGUAGAAAAUGCAUUUCUCCAUCCCUGAGACGGAAGUGCGCUCCGAUGAAAACGGAUCUACAUAUGUGGCUUACAAUAUCCAUGUCAAUGGUGUCUUGCAUUGUCGGGUACGUUACAGCCAACUCCUGGGUCUGCAUGAACAGAUAAAGAAAGAAUAUGGAAAUAAUGUGGUGCCAGCUUUCCCUCCAAAGAAGAUCUUCACACUCACACCAGCUGAAGUCGAGCAAAGGAGAGAACAACUUGAGAAGUACAUGCAAGCUGUGCGUCAAGACCCAAUUCUGGGAUCCACUGAGAUGUUCAACAGCUUUUUGAGAAAAGCUCAACAGGAAACCCAGCAGAUCCCCACUGAGGAGGUGCAACUUGAAAUCUACCUGUCCAGUGGUCAGAAGGUCAAAGUGAACAUCCUCACAUCUGACCAGACCGAAGAUGUUCUUGAGGCUGUGGCCUCUAAGCUUGACCUCCCUGAAGAGCUUGUUGGAUACUUCAGCCUUUUCCUGCUUCAAGAGAGGGGGGAUGGGGGCUGCACAUAUGUGAGAAAACUGCAAGAAUUUGAGCUGCCCUACGUGUCUGUCACCAGUCUGCACAGUCCUGAUUACCACAUCGUCCUCCGCAAAAGCUACUGGGAUACAGCAUAUGACAGUGAUGUCAUGGAUGAUAGUGUGGGACUAAACUUGUUAUAUGCUCAGACAGUGUCUGACAUAGAGUGGGGAUGGAUCCUGGUGAACAAAGAGCAGCACAGACAGCUCAAGUCCCUGCAGGAGAAGGGCUCAAAGAAGGAGUUCAUCAGAUUGGCUCAGACACUGAAGUACUAUGGCUAUAUCAAGUUUGAUCCUUGCAUCACAGAUUUUCCAGAAAAAGGAUGUCAUGUUAUAGUUGGUGCGGGCAACAACGAGCUCAACUUUCACGUCAAACUUCCCAGUGAGCAGAUGAAAGAGGGCAGCUUCAAAGUCACACGCAUGAGAUGCUGGCGGGUCACUUCAUUUCAGGUGCCGGUGGCGAAUGGUACCGCAAACUCGAGCAGUUCCAGUAAAUGUGAUGUGAAACUAGAGCUGGCCUUCGAGUACUUGAUGAGCAAAGACCGCCUGCAGUGGGUCACCAUCACCAGUCCACAGGCCAUCAUGAUGAGUAUCUGUCUCCAGUCUAUGGUAGAUGAGCUGAUGGUGAAGAAAUCUGGCAGAAGUAUUAAAAAGCAGAUGCAGAAGAAGCGACUGAACGGCUCACUCCAUCGAUCUGACAGUCAGCAAGCUGUGAAGUCUCCUCCCUUACUGGAUUCCCCUGAUCCCAGUCGCGAACAAGUAGUCAAACUUUCUACCAAGCUGUCUUCAGUCUCCCUGAGAGGACUUAGUUCUUCCAACUCAGCUAGUGACAUCAGUGGCAAUGAUUUCCAUGGAAACUACGCCUUUGAAGGAAUCGGGGACGAUGACCUGUGAUGGAGCUGCCCUCAUACAUUGGACUAAAGGGGGGAGCACAGAAUAAUUGAGCAGUUUCUCUGACCUGAGUGUAGUUAAAUACGGAAAAUGUUAUAACUCCUUUCUGAAUAGUUUUGAAAAUUUAUAUAUUGGAGCUAAAAUAAACAUUUUAGCUCUAAGGGUCUCAAAAAUUGACUUGCCUCAAAGUAAAUCAUUUUGACUCAAAGUCUCUCAUUAGCCUUAUGUUGAAGUAUUAAACUGAAUAUCUCAGUUGAAGUAAACUAAAAUUUGAUAACAUUUCAGAUUUUUCCUUUAGGGCAUAAUUGGGGAAAAUGCCAAUGAUUAAAUUAAUCCAGGGUUACAAAGCUGCCUCAGGGCAAUUUACUGUAUUCAAGAGAGACAUAAAUUUUAGGCUGUGAUGAAGGUUCCCUCUGUAGAUAGGCUUCAAUGAAUCGUACUUCCUUAAUAGAGACUCAAAACUGUGCUUUUCCUCAUAUCUCAUCAUCGGGUGGUGUGAAAUUAAAUUCCUGCUGCCUCAUUUUCUCUUGCUCAUGACUGCAAUUGCCUACUAGAGAAAGAUCCAUACCAGCAAAGUAUGUUCAUAUUUUCCUUUUCAAAAACCUAGCAAGAAUAUUUAAUAGAAAAGUGGUUUGCUUCGUAUCGUGCAGUGUGCCAAUGUUUGCCAAUUCUCGACUUAUUGGGCUCUGUGAAGCUUCCUAUUUUUUGGGGGAGAAUUAAUUGGAAUCGUGUUGCUGACUCGACCUGAUGCCUAUUGCAUAUUCAAUGCAGCAUCAGAGCUUAUUCUAUUACAAAAGAGCAGGUUGAAAAAUUGUGGCCUGCCUCUGCCUUACGCUGACUCAACCGCCUUACUACGCUUUAGAAUCAACUUCGCAAAAUGAAAAUAUAUUGUAGCGGCAGGGACAAGUUGACUGAAAGGUUUCUCAUAUUUUGGCCUUUGCUGUGACCUGAAUUUUUGCUUGUUUGCUGUGUUCGACAGGCCUGCUUGCACUAGCUGAACCAUGUUUUUUUGCACAGUAUUAAGAAAAAAAGAUGGCUUGGGUAUUUAUUGAGAUAUUAACUGUGGGAAAACAUCCUGGACCAUUCUCAAGAGGUUUGUAGGUCUGAAAUUUGAUUUUUGUGUUUGUGUUGGUGUUCUGUUACUCGAACAAAUAUAUUCAAAAGGUUUCUCAUAAAUGCCAAAAUUAUCAUUCACUAAAGCAUUUUGCACACACAAAAAUAAGAUCAUGGUAAUGUCACUUUUAUAAAUGUACAUGCAAUUAAAACAAAAGUACUCUAAAUAUUUACUAAUAUCUGUAUUAUCUUUUAGUACAAUAUAAUCAAGUACAAUUGAUCAAAUAUUCCAGGUUGUAUGAAAAGAUUUGAAACUAACAUUAAUCAUUGUUUACAAAAAUGUAGAAAAUUGUUAAGAAGUGUUUACAAAUUCCACAUCUAAUUUUCAGUGAUGAUCUUAGUACACUUAAGGUCAUCAUUCCAUAUUUUGUAUUUCACUAUAUACAUUGUGGCAAUCAUCUCAGAGGACUUUAAUAACAUGGUGCUUGGUAAAUGGCUGAAUCUCACACUUAGUGUUAUGCUGGGGUUUUGACUGCAGUGAUAGUCAAGCUGAAUUAAAUGCCCAUAUCAUCCAUUCUGCAGUUGCCUACAUUCCAGAGACACAUGAUUUCUCCCAUUUGCCGAACGUGUUUAAUGCAAAGGUUAUUCUCAUGUUAAUGUUCUGUACAGAUUGGCUGAUUUAUUUUUGAAUUACUGUAAUUUGUGAUCGCUGAGUUCAGUAUGUUCCCCAGAAUGUCUAGUAUGAAAAGGGUAUACCAUUGAUACUCCUAAACCUUGUACAUCUCUCAUAAAGCUUGUCAGUAUGAUUUUAUUUUGUAAAUCCUCAGUUAUUUUAAAUGCAAUAAUGGAAGUUAUAGAGCCGUCUGGUUUUCAAUAAAUUUAGGUGCCAAAAAUGCCA